AUUAUUAUCUAAGAUUUUUUAUUCGAAUAAGCCCAGCACUACUUUUAUUUUUGUUUGAGAAAUUGCCACAAAUGGUGAACCGGUGGCCAAAAAGAUGUAGUUAUAGCUAUAAAUGAUCCUAAAAAGUAAAUAAAGAGUAAUCACGAUGUCCUGUAACUACGCGGACGGUCUGUCCCCUUACGAGCAUAAAGGCGUUCUGGGUGUCCCAGAGCAAUUCGACGACGAAGACACGGUUAAGGAGAAGUGCAAAUUGUUAACGACUUGGAUCUUAAACUCGAAACAUGUGGUGGUUCACACGGGUGCCGGUAUAAGUACCGCGGCGGGUAUACCGGACUUUAGGGGCCCCAACGGCGUGUGGACGUUAGAAAGGGAGGGUAAAAAACCCGAUGUAAACGUGUCGUUUAACGAGGCAGUGCCGACGAAGACGCACAUGGCUCUCAAACAUUUGAUAGAUAAGCAAUAUAUCCACUACAUAGUCAGUCAGAACAUAGAUGGACUGCAUUUGAGAGCGGGCACAUCUCGCACCCAUUUGGCAGAGUUACACGGCAAUAUGUUUAUCGGACAAUGCGACACUUGUGACAACCAAUUUGUGAGAGGGUGCCCAACUUCCACAGUCGGUCAAAAGUUUUUGGGCGAGACUUGCAGACGAUCGCUACGAGGCCGGACCUGCAGGGGUAAAUUGAGGGACACUAUACUUGACUGGGAGGCAGACCUACCCGAAAGAGAUUUAGAAAUUUCCAUGUAUCACUCCAGCCUGGCCGAUCUCAACAUUUGUCUGGGCACUACCUUGCAAAUAGUACCGAGUGGUAAUUUGCCAUUGAAAUGUAAAAAAUUUGACGGUCGUGUAGUUAUAGUGAACCUACAACCUACCAAACAUGACAAAAAAGCGGACCUCAUUAUAAAUUCCUAUGUGGACGGCGUGUUGGAAAAACUCGUGAAGAACUUGAGCCUUGAAAUACCAGAGUACUCGAAACAUUUUGACCCCACCAAAAACCAUAUGCCCGACACGGUGAUCGAGUGGAGCAUCUCUGAGGAGCAAAUCAAAAUUAUGAAGAAAAAAUAUGAUGAUCUCAAUAAGGAGUACAAGAAGAGGAAACUGGAAAAAAGUGCGGGGAACAAAAACUGCAGGAAAAAAAAGACGAAAGUGGAAAUAAAGAAUCCAAAAAAUCGAACUCUAUGAAUUUAUAAGUGCCAGGGCCUUUCGAUACUUUUAGGUUCUUCUUUACAUGUGUUGGACAAAAUACCAAGGCCACUCGUCAAAACUUUUAAGUUAGGAUGAUAUUUAUUCUUUUUAUAUUGUUCAACAGCUUUGUGCGGUUUUCAAUAAAGGUAUUUUCUAAUUAAA